AUUAUUCAGUAAAAUUUAGAUACCAUGGCAACAGCAAAAUUUAAGGAAGCAUCACCGUACACCAAACCGUCGCCGAAGCCGCCUGUAGAGGACUAUCUUUAUAAGCAAUACUUGCAGGAUCUUACAUUGAAAAGUAAUUCACACAAUCAAGUAUUGGGAGUCGCCCUGUUCGGUGUAGGUCGAGCUGGAACAAUUCAUUUAUCCAACGUCAUCUCCAAUCCACGUCUGAAGUUAUUGUACGUAGUAGACGAUGCAGAAUCCAAGUGGCCAAGUCUUCGACAGUAUUGGCACCUGGAGAACGUCACCCUUUUGCACAGUAAACAAGCAGACAAAGUGUACAAUGACCCAAAAGUAGAUGUACUUGUCGUUGCUUCGCCGACAUUUACACAUGAGACAAUUGUAACGAAGGCGUUAGAAGCGAAGAAGGCUGUUUUUUGUGAAAAACCGAUAGCCGAGGAUCGCUCGAAUACAAUGAAAUGUUAUGAAACCGCCAAGAAGGUCGGCAAACCUCUGUUCAGCGCCUUCAACAGACGUUUUGAUCCCAGCUACGCAGCAGUUAGAGAAAAAGUCAGGAGGGGAGACAUUGGACACGUACAUGUAAUUAAAACUGUCUCACGGGAUUCUCCUCUUCCUACCAUUGAUUACUUGAAACACUCUGGUGGUAUUUUCCACGACUGCAUGGUCCAUGAUAUCGACAUAAUUACUUGGGUUCUUGGAGAGUAUCCAGUGAGGGUUGCCGUCCAAGCCACCGCAAACAUUCCAGAAAUCAAAGCAAUUGACGACUUCGACACUGUAGCAGUGAGCCUAUACUUCCCUUCAGGAACUCUGGGGACGAUCGACCUUUCACGAAACAGCAAUUUCGGGUACGAUCAGCGUCUCGAGGCGUUCGGUCCCAAGGGCAUGGUUAAAGCAGACAACGAGCAACCGAUACACUGUGUGAACACAAAUUACGGCCUCGAAGGAACAUGCAGUGCUCCUAUUUGGUAUUCGUUCGCUAGCAGGUUUAGGAACGGAUAUAUCAGGGAACUGGACCACUUCAUCGACGUUGUACUCGGCUUGGACGAACUGUCCGUGUUACCCAAAGAAACUCUGGCGGUGAGCAAAGUUGCGGCUGCCUGCGAGGAAUCUGCUCGUACCGGGAAAAUGGUCGAGAUAAAAUGGGCACCAAAUGAGCUUCCCGAAAAUAAUUGAAGAAAUAAUGAAUUUGUAAUGCUGUAAAUUCAUUAUAAGUAUAUGGUUGUUGUUUGGGAAAAGGAAGAAAAAUUGUAGUUCCUAUUUCUCCUUUUCUCGUUGAUGUUGUUAUCUGAAAUUCGAUUGCAUAAUAAGGAAGAAUGUAUGAAAAAUUUAGUUGAAAUCAUGGUGUUACAUUUUUUAUCGAUAUAAUAAUGAAAAUACAGAAAAUACCAUAUACCCUAAAUAAAUAGUAAUGAUACAAAAUUCGCGAUGUUUGUUUUUGUAAAUUUGAUGGAAUUGUUAUAUAAAAGAAAUAGAAGUUUUUACAUA